GUGGAAGGAACGACUUCGCAGCACUUUUGGCGAGCACCUGUCGCGAACGGCGUGUGUGUACGUACGCGUCGCCACGACGCUUUCACGUAGCCUCUCUCCGAUUCGUACGACGACAGCCGCGUGUCGCUGCUCUCCGUCGCCGCAACGUCCUGACCGCAGCUACCGUCUUGUUACGAGCCGGCGUGUUGUCACGCUGCUUUGUGAGACUAACGAAGACACGUGUGCCGCCGUCCCCAACCUUGCCUGGCGCAGCAUCGGUGGGCCUGUAUCAGGCCGCUUGUUUUGUUUUACCUCCACGCGUGUUUACUUUGACGCGGCCGGGAGUUGAUUGCAUCUGCAGACGCGCAGUGCACAAUUUAUUUUCCCGCAGGAGAGGUGCGGCACCGAUCUCAGUGUCUUCGCGUCACUUCGAUUCUUUCGAUCAUUGUGCGACACGCCUUUCUCAUCCAUAUUGCCUGUACCGCUGGGACAAUCCAUGCCUCGCCACUCCGCGGACUUGAACCUACACCCAUCGGCGAUCUUAGCGUGGGCAGCCGCAUCGUUAGCGAUGAUGCACUGCGUCGCCCUCUGGAAAGACGCAUGAGCUGACAUUACCACGCCCGCGGGACCACACAAGGAAAUAUUCACGGUUUGUUUACUUUGCGGCGACUUCUGCGCGGAAGUGGGGCGGCUGUAUGUGACAUAACCAUCUCUUCCGGUUGGAGGGAGCGGACGGAUUCUGCUCGCUUCCGCCUUUAGCACUGCCAUCCUUCACCGCACCGAGACUUGACUAUGCACCGUAGCGCGAAUGAGACGCGAGCGAACAACGCCCAUCGACGCUUAGAGUGACGUUUCGGCUCGCCUAGAGUGCUCUCCCACACGGGCAAAGAUACGGCGAGGCGCGCCUGCGCUUUUCUGAUUGGAAUACGUGCUUCGUGACUUGUGUGCGCUGACGCGAGAGGUUGAAGGUGGAGACCAUGACUAGGUGUGCUUCGCGUCACUCUGGGUGUUGAUGAAAGCCGUUGACCAAGCUCACGUUGAUGGUCGAAAGGGCACAGAAUCGACGCUUCCUGUGGGUGCUGCAGUUUCCUGGUACUGAUUAUCGAGCGAGUGAACUUUGUCGUCGACGCAUAAUCCCGUCAUUGUUCCCGUGGUGACGGUAUUGUUUUAGUCGCCCAUAUCCGCUGCUUUCAAUACUGUAACGUCAGCGGGGAACAUACUGUGUACCGAAACAGUGGCGAUCUUCAGCUCUGCGAAGAUGUCAUUCGACCACUGCGAGCUCUUCUCACAACUGCGCGCCGUUCAUCCUGACGACGCUUUCCCGACGCAGUGCGACAACGCGUUUCUCCACGAAGAAGCCGCGUUGCACGCAGUGCGCAGUGGCCAUUGACACGGAGAAUCUUGUGCUCGUGAGAGGUAUUCGUUUUAAAUCGCGAGUGCACGCUUGUUUAAGGUGAACUGGAGGUGUACUGCGGUGUACUGCGGACGUUCUUGUAAGCGGAAGCCAUGGAUUCGGUCUUCCGUUACCUCUACUACAACCAAGACGACGACUCAACAAACCUCCAGUUGGCGGCCGAGCUGGGCAAGACGCUGCUGGAGCGGAACCAGGAGCUCGAGGAGACAGUGCGACAGCAGCAGCUGCUCAUCGAGGAACAGGAACAGGAGCUGCAGCACCUGAGUCGGCAGGCAGCCAGCCUCCGGGAGGUGAACGAGUCUCGCCUCAAGAUCUACGAGCAGCUGGAGCAGAAUGUGGCCGAACUGGAGAAGAGCAACCAGCGGCUGCAGCAGGAAUCGCGGGCCGACAAGAAGCGCAUACGGAGCCUGAGCACCAGUGUGGAUGUGCUUGAGAAAAAAUGUGAAGAGCUCCAGGAGCUUGCCGACCACCUGCGGCUCAAUCUGAGACCCAGGGACCAGCAAGACGACACCGCCGAGCCUGUUACAGCCUAUCACCAGAACGAGCCGCUAGAGGACGCAUCUGGUGCCGAUCAUGUAGUGCCUUCAGGGAGCCCCAACGGAGACACUGAUUUUCUUGGCUUUGAGGAGAGCCCCUUUGGCACGGAGCUGGUGCGCCUUCGCUGCUCUCUGUCGCGGCUCAAGUGCCAGCUGUCCAAGGAGCAAGAAACUCGUGAAGAGCUCCAAACGGAGGUCGACAACCUCGUCCAGGAAAACAUGCGGCUGCAAGAGGAGGUGCUAGCUUCUCAGGAACGAGAGCACCAGUGUCUUAACCUUCAGAUGGAGAUGGACAUCCUUGAAGAUGACAA